AUGAGUAAUUCAGGAAAAUUACCAGGCUUGGCCUCUGAUGCCGUAUUGAAACAUUCUAUUCCAGUUCCAGAAGAUUUUCAGGAAGUUAAAGGGAUCGAUUAUUCUCAAGAUAAUGCUUAUAAUAUGAGAGCAAAAGAUUUAAUCAAGUCUAUGUCAACAAUGGGAUUUCAAGCAUCUUCAUUGUCACAAGCUUGUGAAAUUAUUGAUAAUAUGAGAUCUUGGAGAGGUAAACAUAAGGAUACUUUAGAAACACAUGAACAAACUGGUGAAUUUGAUGAUCAAGGUUAUCAGAAAACCACUAUAUUCAUGGGUUAUACAUCAAACUUGAUUUCCUCAGGGUUGAGAGAUACUUUACGUUAUUUGGUACAACAUAAAAUGGUGAGUGCUAUUGUUGCUACUGCAGGAGGAAUCGAAGAAGAUUUAAUCAAAGUUUUAGCUCCUACAUAUAUGGGAGAUUUCACUUUACCUGGUAAAGGAUUACGUGAUCAAGGAAUGAAUAGAAUUGGUAACUUGUUGGUUCCAAAUGACAAUUAUUGUAAAUUUGAAGAAUGGAUUGUUCCAAUCUUAGACAAAUGUUUAGAAGAACAAGAAGAAGCAAUGAAAAAAUUGGGUUCUGAAGGAUUAAAUGCUGAUUCCGAAGCCGUUUGGACUCCAUCUAAAUUAAUUGAUCGUUUAGGUAAAGAAAUCAAUGAUGAAUCUUCAGUUUUGUAUUGGGCCCAUAAGAACAAAAUCCCAAUCUUUUGUCCCGCUUUAACUGAUGGAUCUAUUGGUGAUAUGUUAUUCUUCCAUACCUUCAAAGCUUCUCCACAGCAAUUAAGAUUGGAUAUAGUUGCUGAUAUAAGAAAAAUAAACUCAAUGUCAAUGGCUGCAUCAAAAGCAGGUAUGAUUAUUUUAGGAGGUGGAUUGAUCAAGCAUCAUAUUUGUAAUGCAUGUUUGAUGAGAAACGGUGCUGAUUAUGCCGUUUACAUCAACACUGGACAAGAAUUUGAUGGAUCUGAUGCUGGUGCUAGACCAGAUGAAGCUAUUUCAUGGGGGAAAAUAAAGGCCGAAGCUAAAUCAGUAAAAGUUUAUGCCGACGUAAGUUUAGUAUUCCCAUUAAUAGUUGCUGCUACUUUUGCUAGUGAAAAGCCACAGAAUUGA